GAAAAAACAAGUCCCAAAGAGGCAAGCCUCUUUGUUCCUCCGAACUCUCAUCCCUUUCCACUACACCCAAGCUUGCAUUUCUCUGUCCCCUCAUAUACUCUACCCACAUGAAUGGUGCAACGGCGACUACCUCUCCGCCCCGCGAAGACCUACCUCGAAUAUCCGUUGAUACCUUACACGACUGGAAUCGAAUCAAGACCAGUUACACUAAUGCUGCGUUCUCCGCGCUGGACACGCGUAUAUCCGCGUCUGGUAUGGAUGAGAAGCGUUCUAACGCGCUCAAGAAUCAUAUGAAGAAGCUCAUCGAAAGUACGUUCGAGAUGGCGAAGCCGAACAUAAGGAUAAAUGGGAAGAACUUCGAGGAAAUGGACGAGGAUGAACAAGCUGGUAGUGAACCGUUUGACGAAGGGUUCGAUCGACAUAUUUGGUCACUCUCCGAUCAGAGCCUGAAUCUUGACGGCGAGAUUGCCAAGUAUCGACGUGAAGAACCGGAUAGACUCCUGAAAGUUAUGCAAGAGAUACUCGAGAAGCAGAGAGCCAUCGACGAGAAGGAGGCUGAACUCCUGGCUCCUGACAACGACGUUGAGAACGAUAUAGAAGAAGAUAAUGAGCAAGUGUAUGAAAGUGCAGAAACUGUUAUGCGAAAGGUCUACGCUAUUACUGAGGAGCUACAGCAGAGUAUUGCUUCACAACACGAACGUACUAGACGGCUUGCAACUGUUGAAGCCGAGAUCAAAGCUUUAAAGCCGUGAACGAUCACAGGGACGCCAACCAACCAUAACGCAUGCCUAUCUCCAAAGAUUCACUCACGUUCGGAAACUGUCAUAGUCAAACCAAGAAGGGGCAGAAAAGAAAUGGAGCAGCGAUCU